UCCGAGUGAACCAGCGAGCGAGCGGUGCUCGGCGGGGACCGAGAGGCGGAGAGGGAGGGAGAGGCGCGGACCGCGAGGCGGGCCGUCCGGGAGCGGACGCCGGCGAGAGGUGCAGGAGGGCGCGGGGCGCCGGGCGCGUCCCUCUCAGCCCGCGCUGCUCGAGCCCAGCGGCCGCUGUCCCGCGGGCACGCUCGGAUCCCCACACGGGCGCACGCCGCCCUCAAGUGUCCGAGCCGCUCCGAAACUCCGGCGGCGAGCCGGCCACAGGAAGUUUAUUCUCGGGCUCCUUUCUAAAAGGAGGAAACAGAAGUUUCUCCAAGGCGCCAGCCUUUCUUUUCGCCUUUUUUGGCCCUGUCUGCAAUCCGGCGACCCCAGAUCUGACAGGCGAGGCUUGCCGGGCUCCGAUUCAGUUUUCAUUUCCAAUUUUUCUUUGGGUCUUCGGUCGCCGCUCAGCUCCGGCUGCGCGCGGGGGCGGGAGGGUGCGCUCAAGGGAGGGACCGAGGGACCGGCGACUUUUUAGAGGGAGGGAGCCGGUGGACAACUGGUCCCGCGGAGCUCUCAGAGCAGGAACGAAGUGCCGUGCGAGACGCUGGGGGACACUUCCCGGGUGUCGCCACUUCCCGGCCCGCGCCUGCCGUUGUGGGGGAAAGUCCGGGAGCGAGGACCGCGGCCGGCGGAGCGGCGAGCUCGCAGCACCCUGAGCGCGGCCGCGGCGAGGGCGGGGAAGAAAAACACCCUGUUUCCUCUCCGGCCCCCACCGCGGAUCAUGUACCAGGAUUAUCCCGGGAACUUUGACACCUCGUCCCGGGGCAGCAGCGGCUCUCCUGCGCACGCCGAGUCCUACUCCAGCGGCGGCGGCCAGCAGAAGUUCCGGGUAGAUAUGCCUGGCUCGGGCAGUGCCUUCAUCCCCACCAUCAACGCCAUCACCACCAGCCAGGACCUGCAGUGGAUGGUGCAGCCCACAGUGAUCACCUCCAUGUCCAACCCCUACUCCCGCUCACAUCCAUACAGCCCUCUGCCGGGCCUGGCUUCUGUCCCCGGACACAUGGCCCUGCCAAGACCCGGCGUGAUCAAGACCAUUGGCACCACUGUGGGCCGCAGGAGGCGAGAUGAGCAGCUGUCUCCUGAAGAAGAAGAGAAGCGUCGAAUCCGGAGAGAGAGGAACAAGCUGGCUGCUGCCAAGUGCCGGAAUCGCCGCCGGGAGCUGACUGAGAAGCUGCAGGCGGAAACUGAGGAGCUGGAGGAAGAAAAAUCGGGCCUGCAGAAGGAGAUCGCAGAGCUGCAGAAGGAGAAGGAGAAACUGGAGUUCAUGUUGGUGGCUCAUGGCCCUGUGUGCAAGGUCAGCCCUGAGGAGCGCCGGUCGCCUCCAGGCCCUGGGCUGCAGCCCAUGCGCAGCGGGGGCAGCUCAGUGGGAGCGGUGGUCGUGAAACAGGAGCCCCUGGAAGAGGACAGCGCCUCAUCCUCCUCAGCAGGUCUGGACAAGGCCCAGCGCUCUGUCAUCAAGCCCAUCAGCAUUGCUGGGGGCUUCUACGGGGAGGAGCCCCUGCACACCCCCAUCGUGGUGACCUCCACACCUGCCAUCACUCCAGGCACCUCAAACCUCGUUUUCACCUACCCCAGUGUCCUAGAGCAGGAGUCGCCCGCGUCACCCUCUGAGUCCUGUUCCAAGGCUCAUCGCAGAAGCAGUAGCAGCGGGGAUCAGUCGUCAGACUCCUUGAACUCCCCUACUCUGCUGGCUCUGUAACCCCACGCUCCUUCCAGCUCUGGAGGGGUCCUCGUCACUGCCUCCUUCCAGGGACCAGCACGUUCAAACACUCCAGGGCCAUGAGGGCAAGAGGGGGGCCUUCUAGGGAGCUUCCAGGCUCUGGGGGACCCAGGUGGGACUUGAUGGUGAGGUGUCAGAGGACUUGGUUGACCACCUGGAAGCCCUAGGACCUUUACUUUCCAUCAUUCAUCUUGGAAGCAAAUCUUCUUUCUUGAAAAGUCAUGGAGAACCUGGUUUGGUGGCUUCUGAAGAGCCUGGAGCUGGCCUGGACCAUUCUCGUCCCUCUGUCAUACCAUUGUCUCUGAAAUGAUGGUGUCCUUCCCUGCCCGGCCAAGCAUGCUCAGUGCCUUUGGUUUCAUCCUCCCUUGACUUGCCCCAUCCUUCCCCAGUGUUGGUUUUAUUCCUUCUUCAUUUUUAUCAAAUUUGCCAUGACAUUUCACCGGGGUAAUCUGGAUAUUAAAACUCUUCAUUUCUGGAGGUGGGGCAGCAGGUAACUCUUCUGCUGGGACUGACUUGUCCAGAAGGGGACAAAGUGCAAUACAGAACCUUCUCUCCCCAACACUCCCCAGGGCACUGCCAUCAGCAGAACCAACGGCAGGGUCCUCUAAGCUCCCCAGGAAAUGCCACCAUCACUGAACAGGCCUGAAGGACCCUUCCUCCUCACCCUAGCAACAUCUUUCAGAAGAUCAACGUGGCCAGAAGAAAGGGUGUGAUUGAGAUGGUGGGCACAGUCUGGGUGUGCCAGGUGCCUAAUUACCAGGCCAGAAGCAGUGCUAACAAAGCCACAUGGUGUCCCAGACAGCUUCCCUUCUCCUGGUGUCUCGAGCAGGGCGUCUCCUGUAAUUACUGCCUCACCAUUCUGCCCCUGGACCCUUCUCUCCAGACUGGGGAGGAGCCCCUUCCUUGGAAACACACAUCACUCCAGGCCCUGCUGGCCUCCACCCUUCCCUGGCGCUCAGGGUGACGCCACCCACGGAGAUUUAAUGAGCGUGGGCCUGGACCCUCCCCAGAUUUUAGCAGGUGACUCUUCCCCAAGCCUCAGAGGAUGGAAGGGCCUAGGAUGGGACUGGGAGACGGGAGGCUGUCCUUGGGGUGAUGUCAGCAGAGGCAGCAGCCUGGCACCCAGUCCGCCCUGCCUGACCUGGCCACACACAUCUCAAUGAAGUGCUGUGCCCUUCUGGCCUCUGUGGUCAUCACCCCCUGAUUCAGGAGUGAAUGCUGUCUCCUCACACUCCUCCCACCUCAUUCCAGGGUACCCUUCUGCCCUGCUGUCAACAGGCUGCACACAGCCGCAUGCUGGGGCUUGGAGCUUACGCACUAUCUGGCUGGCUGUUGAAUCUUUCCAGCUGCUGACAUCAGCUAGGAUGUGUGGCUUCCUGCUGCAGGAGAGCUACCCCCUUCCAGUGGGUCUCCUUACCUCCAGCAGGAGCACAGCUUAGCGUGGCUGUGCCUGCCAGCCCUGAGCCUUCCUCCCCAGAACAUGUUGAUCCCUGUCCUGGGAAGUGGCUUCUUGUCCCUCUGGCCGCUGUAGGGCUAGUGCUCUGCUGGAGAAUCUAUUGGUGAUCUGGCUCUCGAGAUCAUUGUCCACCCAUUCAAAAUGGUAUCAGUGCUAUUUUAAUCAAGCCUAGUGGCAUUUAAAUGUCCAGCUCUGGAGAGAGUAGAGACAGCUUCUCAGACCUGUUUCUUUCAUACCCCGAGGCAUGCACUAGCAAGGAAGAAGAGCCAUCUGCCUAAAGUACACAGCCAGGCAGGGGUGGAAGUGAUGUGUGCAGGAGUCAGCCACCUAGAGAGAGGGGAGCAAAAGAGAAAAGAUUUUGUUCAAAAUACUUUGAACACAUUCUUUCCUGUGUUCCUUGGCUGCCUUCUGGUUUCUAGGGCCUCUGGGAGGGGUGCUCCUAAGAAGACUGGCCAGCUGGCUUUCCGAUCUCAGAUUAAUCAAAGAAGCCAAAGCAGCCAGGAGUAGCAGGAGAUGGGCAAAGAAAACUGGGUACUUUGAGCUUGGAGAGGCUUAAUCAUCUCAAGUGGUAUUUAUAGCCAGGUGGGAGUUAUUUGCUUCUUUGUGCAUCGUGUAUCCUCAAUGGAGCUGUUUUCUGGCGUGUUCUUUCUAAAAGCCCCUUUAUGCCCCACUCUAUGCUGCGUGGAUUCCCAUGCAGGUCACAGUCUAUGACUUGGAGCCAAGCUGGACAUUGCUGAGCCAGAGUUUGGCUUUGGUUCAGAUUUCAAACUCCACUGGUGUUGGACCCAGCCAGCCCUCGGAACUUAAAAGGCUUCUGACUUUCGGCCCUUCGUGGAUCUCUUGCUCUGUCCUAGGAGGAUGUUUGGCUUCCCCAGAGCCACAAGUUAUUUAGGGAAGGCUGAAUAUUCACACCUGAGUCACGAGCGUGCCCUCAGUUCUCCUCGUCCUGGCCCGCUCCCCUCAUCCUGGCCUGCUCUCCAAGUUCCCUCACAUACACAUCCUUACUCCGGCAUCGCCAGACGCCUGGCCUGCUGCUUUCUCCUGCACGGUUCCGGCUAAGGGAACAGCUGCAGUGGGGAUUCCUUUGUGCUUGGGCAAGGAGCUGCUGUGCCUUUCUGUGAACUCAGCCCUGAGGCAGCCGUGUGGACUCCAGCUGGGCUGCACGCAGCUCUGGGACGCGCUCUGCAGGCACUCCUCGACUGGUCAGUGUGAAACACUCCUUGUGGCCACCUGGCUGGCCUCUGUGAGAACAGUCCUCCCCUCGGCCUGGUGGCUGGAGACAGGAAAGAGAGCAGAUCCCAGGUGAUACUUCAGAAAUUUCCAGAGCCAGCUCCAAGCAGAGAAUCCCCUGGGGGUGGAGGGUGUUUUGCAAGAGGCAUCAUUUUGUCUGUUGAGAGACCAACCGUGGCUAGUCACACAAGCAUCUCAAAGGCAAGAGCCACCAAGAGCUGCUGCUUUUCCUCGCCUUUGGGAAAAGGAGUCUCUCUAUUGCCAUUUGACUUCAAGUAUCACAAGGGGACUGACCUGUCUGGAGCAUGAGAACUUGUUUCUCUUUUUCUCUGAUGGUCCAACAGUGCUCCUUACAAUCUUAUCAUGUAACGUUCAGGUUGAUUUCCUUCCCUGAUCAGACAUCCAUGUGGCCCCUGAAGAAGGAAAAGAAUAAGCACCUAUGACAUGUCAGGCACUGUUAGGCACUUUUAUAUUUAUCCCUUUUAGGAUGAGAUUAAGGGAUAAAGGAAUCCCCUUAUAAAAGGCCCCCCAAGUAGUGGCUAAACAAACGCCCUUGGAGGUGAGAUGGUCUUUCUUCAAGACCCGAGGUAAGAUUGCCUUCAGCCUGAAGAUUGUUCUCAAAGACCCAUCUCCUGGGGUAUCUGCCCUCCUCCCUGUGCCCGGCCUGUGCUCUAUUGUACUCCUGAGAUGGCUGGAGGGGUGACCUGCAUCUUUAUAGAAUUGUGGACCAGUAGGAUAUUGGUGUGUAUAACUUUCUUUUUAAACUUAAGUAAAGGGGUCUUGCUAUGUUCUGCUUGUUGAGUCUUCUUGGCAUUCAUCUUAAAAGCCAGCAUCUCACUAUUUAUUGACAGGUGUGUGCGUGUAUGUACGUAUGUGUGUAUGUGUGUACUCAUGUGUGUGUUUCCAGGUGUGCUUGUAUCUUGCAGCUUUUUAGAAAGAAACCCAGUUAUCCCACUACCAAUUUGGUAUCUUCUCAUGCUUCCUGGGUCUUUGGCCACGUGUCAACAAAGGAUUUUAAUUUUCUAAUGCUGACAACAUGUUCAGGAGGGAUAGGGUCAGAUUUUGAUGAGGGGAGGACAUGAGAAGGGACGGGGGAAAAGAAAUCGACAUUUAUUUUAUUAUUUAUUUUAAAUGUUUACAUCUUUGUGUUGUACCAAACCUAAAUAGAAACAUAGCAUUAAAAUAUUCAGUUCCUUUCUCUCUUGCUUACUUUUUAAAAAAUUUACAAUAAUUUUGCUUUUUUUGUUUCCAAAGUGAUUUGUGACAUGUGCUGUAUAAACUGUAUAAAAAGGUUCUGUUUCUAAAGGUGGGUUGUCAUUCCUCUGGGGAUAGUGGCUGUCAAGAAAUAUACAUUGUAAGAGGAUACAGUGAAAGACCUUGUCCUGGUCCUCAAAAAUUACUUUCUCUGCUCUGAUUAAAAAAAAAAAUUAUUCCAUUUAUUUUAGUUUGUGGUCACUUGAUUUUGAGGAAGAAAAUAUUUGACUUUGUAUAAAAACUAGGUAUCAGGUGUAUUUUGCAGUGGGAGAUGUAUAUAGUAGUAUUUUGGUAUAUAGUGGAAACCCACGAGCUUUGUGCAUUUGUAUUUGAGAUACGCUGAUGAUGUGGAGUGAAGUCUACUAUUAGACCCUGGAGGCAAACAAGUUUUACAAGAUUUCUGUUGCUCUGUGGGGAACUUGAUCACCUUUCUGGGCACUUUUUUUUAUUUUUUAAAGUAAUGAUGAAAGGGUCCUAUUGGAGGAUCUCUAUGUUGACUUUUCCAAGCAGGACUAUGAGCCCAAAAUCUUUGUAUAGCUUUGAAAAUUGAGGAAUAGAAGCAUCUCUGGUGGUAUUUGUUGUUGUUUUUAUUCUGUUGUUUUACUGUAUGUAACACAAGCCUACAGUAUUUGCACUAAAGAAAGCUUGUUAGAAAAAGCUUGCUGCUAUGGAAGAAAGAACAUAUUAAAACAUUUUUCCCUUGCGGUAUUUUUUUUUUUUUUUUUUUGUUAGCUUUUCCACUUUCUGUUGAGUAGCGUUUUGUAGAAUAAAAUGAAUUAAGAU